AGAUCACGGAGGCGGCCCAGUAAUUACUGUGACAUUGAUCAGUUUGAAAUUGCUGAUACUGAUCCAAGUAGUAUCUGGUUCGUCCGUUCUGCUAUCUCAGCUGUCGUUUUUGACGUUUUUCUCCUUCUAAAUGUCAAGUCUAUGUAUAUAAUUUAUUAAUGAACCAGAUUGGAGUGGAUGUGUUGAACACUCAGGAUGUUCAUUUCAGCUGCAGCAGCUAGACAAGCAGACGACACAUGAAAUCGGAGACACAGGUGUAAGUGCCAGCCGUAGCAUGCAGUGUAGACUAGUUAAACUUCUGUCCGUCAUCUGUCUGUGUCUCCGCAGUUAUGUGGUGUACUGUUCGUGUACGUACAAGGAACACUGGAUUCGCGGAUCGUAUCAAAUCCCAACAAUGGACAACCCAUAUUCCAAAAUUCUUUCAGGGCUGACUCUGUACGAGUGUUUAGCUACUUGUUUCGUCAACACCGCCUCGUGCCGGUCGUUUAAUUACUGGGCGAAUUCCUCAGUCUGUGAGUUCUUUGCUAUAUCUCUGAAGGACAAUGGCAACGAGGAAGAAGGCACCAGUGUCCACGCCAUCUACACGGACAUGGCCACCAUGCCACCGGAUAUGCCGGAUCUUGUAGGAGGCUGUACUUCCCUCACCUGCAGCGGAUCCUGCUACUUGGACAGAAACCACCGACCGAGGUGCAACCGACCAGCACAGGUGGAGGACUUGGACGUUUGAAGUUAGUCUUGAAUUAGAGGUGAUGCUCCUGUCGGCAAGUGGCGCCCUACGAAGGUCACUUGAUAUGUACGUCAGCUGGACCGGAUUAUCUGAAUUUAUCAUUUAACUUAAGCAUUUAUCCAUGACAUAAGCUUAUGACAUAAAAACAUGUAUGUCAUACCCCAAUGACAUAAGUAUGCAAAUUAGAUAUGCA